UUCACGAACCUCCACUCCAGUCUCAGUCCUUGUAUAAGCGGCACCUCCAGCAGCGUACUUCAUUUUGAAGGGGAACUGCUUUAUUUUUUAAUCCCAGCAUUUGGGUCUAAUGGACAAACUCUUUGUAAAUGCUUUUUAAGAAUCAUAACUCUAGGAAAUCACACACUGGCUACUCAGCAGGCCCUGGCCUCGAGUCUUAUUUAAAGGGGUUUAACUUCACUGGUGAGCCACCUUGGCUUCUCUGCACCUGAGUAACAGCAACACUGAAUUCCAUCUCUUUCGUAUCCAAUUUACUAGUGACUAAUUUAAAGGACUUGUGACUAUGAACGCUGCUACUUCCACUGAGUUUGAAUUCCUUUUCCUGGAGGAAGGUUUCUCUGCCCGGGAUAUUGUUGAGCAAAAGAUCAAUGAGUCAUCUAUGUCGGAUGACAGGGACGCGUUCUACGUCUGUGACUUGGGAGAUGUGCUUAAGAAACACCUGCGCUGGUUGAGGGCCCUACCUCGCGUCACUCCUUUCUAUGCUGUCAAAUGCAAUGACAGUCGGGCUGUAGUUAUGACACUGGCAUCCCUGGGAACUGGCUUUGACUGUGCAAGCAAGACGGAGAUUCAGCUGGUUCAGUCUCUGGGAGUGGAUCCAAGCAGAAUCAUCUAUGCCAACCCCUGCAAACAAGUUUCUCAGAUAAAGUAUGCGUCUGCUCAUGGGGUCCAGAUGAUGACCUUUGAUAGCGAGGUGGAACUCAUGAAAGUGGCUCGCUGUCAUGACAAUGCCAAACUGGUGCUGCGUAUUGCCACAGAUGACUCAAAGUCAGUGUGUCGUCUGAGUGUGAAGUUUGGGGCCCCACUCAAAGCUUGUCGUGGUCUUCUGGAGCGGGCUAAAGAACUGGGGCUGGACGUGAUCGGUGUCAGCUUCCAUGUUGGCAGUGGCUGCACUGAUUCCAAGACCUAUGCACAGGCUAUCGCUGAUGCCCGCUGUGUUUUUCAUAUGGGGGAUGAACUUGGCUUCAACAUGGAUCUCUUGGACAUUGGUGGUGGUUUCCCUGGUUCAGAUGAUGCUGAACUCAAAUUUGAAGAGAUCACAGCUGUAGUCAACCCAGCCCUGGACAAGUAUUUCCCUGCUGACACUGGUAUUAAGAUAAUUGCUGAGCCAGGACGCUUUUACGUAGCUUCUGCUUACACACUUGUUGUCAACAUCAUUGCCAAGAAGGUCAUCAUGGACGAGGAGUCAGCCUCUGACGAGGAAGAUGAAGGGACCAAUGACAGGACUCUGAUGUACUAUGUCAAUGAUGGGGUGUAUGGAUCUUUCAACUGUAUACUCUUUGACCAUGCUCACUGUUUGCCAACACUGCAUAAGAAACCAAAGCCAGAUGAGGCCAUGUACCCCUGCAGUAUCUGGGGCCCAACUUGUGAUGGCCUUGAUCGUAUUGUUGAGCAGUGUAACCUGCCUGACUUGCAGGUGGGCGACUGGCUGGUUUUUGAGAACAUGGGUGCCUACACUGUGGCUGCCUCCUCCACCUUCAAUGGUUUCCAAAGACCUGACAUUCACUAUGUCAUGUCCCGCCUUGCCUGGCAACACGUGCAGCAGAUUUGUUCCCAGGGCAUGCCAGCUCCUGCGGAGGAGUCUUGUCUUUUUGAAGUGUCAGCCUGCUGUGGCCAAGAGAGCAACUUGGAGAUGUCCACCAAGCCUUGCCAGGCUCAUGUGGUUUAAACACAGCAAUGAUCUUGGGAUCUUUAUUAAAUAUUGGCUAAGGUUAUCAUUGGUUAUAUAUAUAUAUAUUUUUUUUUUUUUUCUCCCUUCUCCCCAAAAGUACAUGAAAAUUCGAGGCCAGUUACUUGAUGGGAGAAUGAGAGGGACAUGUUGUUGCACAAAACUUCUGUGUUCUGUAUGGAAGCUGGGGAUCAACCCUCAAUGAAAUGAGGCUGAAUCACACUCUGAGUGUCUCUACGGGUUCCAGGCAGUGUUACAGGGCAACUCUGUACUUGAAUUUGUUAGUGCCGUCUUCCUGCCCUAAUCUGUGGGGAAUGACUGCACGAACAGGAGUACUAUAGUUCAUGAAGAACGUAUUUGCUGAACUGGAAUAAUGUAGGGAAAGAAGCGGUUUCUUUGCAAAAUAAAUAACAAAACUGCUUUUCUUUGAAUGUUUCCCAUGACCAUAGGACUCAAAACUUGAAACUGUAGCUAUAAUUCAAGAGGUAAAGGGUUACUCAUGCUAUUAAUUUAGUAAUAUUUAAAAAAAAAAAAAAAAAAAAAAAUAGUACCAGGUUGCUUACAGCUUAGGCAAAAUGUAAGGAGGUGUUUUAACUGCCGACCCUUCAAAGCCCUAUUAACAGAUGAAGUCAUAUCCCUGGCUAGUAACUCGCAAAGAGGUGGUUGGAGGGGUGAUUUAAUUCCUCAAAUGGCUGCUAUGUUAAUAUUUUUCUUUUCCAUGAUCUCCACUUCUGUACAGAACCCUUAAAGUGUUAAUCCUCAAGAUGUUAACAUAUUAAGAAAUACUCCCCCAUCCCAUACACUUUGUGUUCUGUAAAUGCUUCUCUGCUGGUUAUGGACAGAGCUACAAUUUCACAUGCAAAAUUGUCAAAACACCAUAUAGUGUGACUCUGUGCUGAUACGGCUGCAGCAAUUGACAACUUGUCAGCAAUAUAGACACACACACUGCAUAGAAAUUUCAGCUACUACAGGUGCCACCAAAAACAAAUCUUCACGAUUAACACUUAAAACACAGGGACUCAAGAAGCAGACUGCACCCCUUCUCUUCUCCAUAUUUCUAUCCUUUUUGUUUUGUAACUUGUGUAAGACAAAUCUAUUAAUGAUAUUGAGUGUUUAAACAUACAUUUGAAAUUGAUACGAAAGAGAUGGGAUUGCUAAUUCAUAAUGCUUUCCUAUGGAAACUUUAAAAUUUU